CUCAUUGCUUUCCGGACCUGAAGAAGCGCCGUCUUCCUGGGUCCUGAGCGCUGAGUCCCAGAGGUUGGAAGUUGGGAGUCUUCUGUCAACGAAAACUUCAGGAAACCUUUUUGAGAGACUAAAGACAGUUUUGUUCAGCAAUGGUUUGCAGACCAGGGAGACGGCCUCCAGGAUGAACUGCAGGGAGGCAGAGUUUUUAAAGGCAAAAAAACCCACAAACCCACAAGAAGCUGACCGGACUCUGCCCUUUCCUAAUGGAGAGCACCCAGGAGGGAAUGGCUGCUGUGGCUCCAACUGCCAGAUGCCAGGAGUCAGUGACAUUCAUGGAUGUGGCCGUGAUUUUCACAGAUGAAGAGUGGAGGCAUCUGAUCCCCAUGCAGAGGGACCUCUACAAAGAGGUGAUGCUGGAGAACUAUCAGAGCAUCAUCUCACUGGGACUUCCAGUUCCUCAACCUGAUGCGAUUUUCCAGUUGAAGAGAGAGGAUAAACCUUGGAUAAUUGAUCUUCAUGGACCUGAUGAAGGAAGAUGGCCAGAGAACAUUUCUCUAGACUGGGAGACAAAGCCUGAGAUUCAAGAUGAGAUUCAAAGUGAUUCAGAAGAAAAGUCAGAAGAAAUUUCAGUGGAAAAGCUUGGAAGAAAAAGUCCUCUGUGUACUAAAUUGGAAGUUCAUGCACUAGAAGGUGGGUUGGAAACAGAGAAGGAAAGUCCUACAGCGGAGACUUGUAAGAAAUCCCUUUCCCAGGAGGAAAGCUUGCAACAAGGGUUAACCCGUCCCAAGAAAAUUCUCACUAAAGACAGAGACCAGGAAUGCAGUGAUUGUGGGAAGACCUUUUUUGACCACUCAUCCCUUAUCCGCCAUCAGAAGACUCACACGGGAGAGAAGCCCUAUGACUGUCAUGAGUGUGGGAAAGCUUUUUACAACCGGUCAGCUCUAACUGUACAUCAGCGAGUUCACACUGGAGAGAAGCCCUUUAAAUGCCGUGAGUGUGGGAAAGCUUUCAGUCGUAGGUGCAGUCUCAGCAGACAUUUGAUGUCUCACACUGGGGAGAGCCCCUACGAAUGCAGCACAUGUGGAAAAGCCUUUUUUGACCGUUCAUCCCUAACUGUACAUCAGCGAAUUCACACCGGAGAGAAACCAUUUAAAUGCAGCGAGUGUGGGAAAGCCUUCUUUGACCGUUCAUCCCUCACUCGACACCAGAGAAUUCAUACUGGAGAAACUCCUUAUGAAUGUAGUCAGUGUGGGAAAGCCUUCAGCCAGAAAAGCAUUCUUACUAGACACCAACUCAUCCAUACUGGCCGGAAGCCUUAUGAAUGUACUGAGUGUGGGAAAGCCUUCUAUGGUAUCUCAUCACUGAACAGACAUCAAAAAGCUCAUGCUGGAGACCCUCACUACCAGUGCAGUGAGUGUGGAAAAGCGUUUUUUGACCGCUCAUCCCUUACACAGCAUCAGAAGAUUCACACUGGAGACAAGCCCUAUGAAUGCAGUGAAUGUGGGAAAGCCUUUAGCCAAAGAAGCCGGCUUACACGACAUCAGAGGGUUCAUACAGGAGAGAAACCCUUUGAAUGCAGCGUAUGUGGGAAAGUGUUUAGUUCUAAAUCAUCAGUUAUUCAACAUCAACGGCGCUAUGCCAAACAGGGAAUAGACUGAAUUGAGUGAAAGUUUUAGUCAAAAGACCUCCAUGAAAACUUAAAAUAGGUCUUCCUCAUCUUAAAUUGAUCAAUUAAUCAUCCUACCUAUUCUGGCUACUGCUCUCCUUACCUGCCUCUGCUACCACAGUGUUUGAAUAAAAACUAUAUACCAUGUUAUAGAACAGAUGUGGGAUGCUGGAAAUUAGGGUGCAAUUGUAAAGAGUCAACAUUUUGCAGAAGUUUCUCAGACAACAGGAUAAAUGUUAGGAGGUGAUCCUCAGACACACCUCUUAUCUGAGGCUCCUGGUAUCACUGCACUUUAAAUAACUGGAGGUUAUAACAGGAAGGGAAAGACAAAAUGAUAUCAGAGCAGGACUGUUGUUACUCAAAUAGUUCUUUUUAUAACUGUUGGUCCCCCUCGGAGCUUUUUUGCACACUGAUCUUUUUUGGGUGUCCCAACUUUUAGAUCUCUUUAAUACGGAUACUACUAAUAGCUAGCACUUAUUGAGCACUUAUUAUGGGGUAAACACUCAACUGCAAGUUUUGCAAGGAGAUUAUUUGGUCUUCUCAAAUAAUCCUAUCUGGUGUGACUCAGUGGGUGAGCCUCGACCUAUGAACCAGGAGGUCCUGGUUAGAUUCCUGGUCAGGGUACAUGCCUGGGUUGUGGGCUCAAUCCCCAGUAGGGGGCGUGCAGGAAGCAGCCAAACAGUGAUUCUCAUCCUUGAUGUUUCCAUCUCUCUGAAAUCAAUAAAAACAUAUUUUUUUAAAAAACCCUAUUAAGUAGGUACUCUUACUACCUGAAUUUUGCAGGUGAGCAAACUGGAGUUUAGAGGGGUUAAAUAAGUUGCCCAAGGUGAGAGCUAGUGAGGCCAGUUCUUGAAUACAGGUCUAUCUUCAAAAUCUAUCCCUUUCACCAUUAUGCUGUAAAGUUGGUUUUAUAAUUUAUGUACAUGUAUUAUAUACUUAACUAAAUUGUAAGCACUUUGGAGCUCUCACAGUGCCUUGCAAAUAAUAGGUGCCCAAUAAAUAUUUAUCUGAA